AUGCGACAAAUCCCAGUUCAUGUGUUCUCCAAUCCUUCUGAUGUAAUAGAUUCCUUUGGGUUGUUAGAUGGUGAACAGUUGGUAGAUAAUAAGUGGAGAUAUCAACUUGAUGAUAACAAAGAACAAAAUUAUCUACAAUAUGAUGACACUGUUGAGGGCAACUCCAACGAUUCUUGGUGGCUAGAGGCCAUAAGAGUUGUCGAAGAUAUUGAGAAUAAGCAAACAAAGACACAGCUAAGCACUACGGAGAUAAUUGAUGAUGAAGAUGAGGAGUGGUGGCUGGCUGUAGAAAGUACUGCAUUCGAGGCCGAACGGGCAAGCUUCAGUCAACAGGGAUUUUGCGCUAUCUAA